AUGAACAAUUUGCUAAAAGUCUUGGUUUGCUUGAGUUUUUCAUCGGUUCUCUCUAAACCGGCAUCUUCUUCUCUUACUGAAACCGAAUUCACAAGUAUGACUUUCACACUCGCAAGAUUGAAUGCAGUUCUCACAGCUUAUAAACAAUAUAAAGGUGAGUAUAUUUUUUGAACUACUGGGCUCAUUGAAGAUUUUUCUGAGUUCCUUGAGGAUAUUUUUGAGAGCGUAAACAUCUAUGGUCUAGAAAACCAGCAAUCAAAGAGCUCCGACAAAGUAUACUGUAUAUUUGAUUUUCUUUUCUGCGGUUCUAAAAUUUCCGAAUAGACAACUUUUCAGAAUUCAUCCCAUCAUACAUUUACGAUCCAAUUGAUGCAUUGACCGAUGCUCAGAAAACAAGUAUUGUCAAUCUGGUGAAUGAUUAUCAUGCGGGUGGAUUUGCACCAAAGAAUUAUCAAGAAUUGGCUGCCGUUGUUAAGGCUGUGAGUUUUCAUGUUGGAAAAAUAAAAAAAUCGAUUUUCAUUUAAAAAAAAGGUUUUUUUUUUAGAACUAUUCGGAUUUAUAUGACACUAUGAACACAAUGUAUAAUACUUAUCAAGAACAUGUUGCAAAAUUGGGACCAAAGGGACAAGCUUAUGCUGCUGAUGUGAGUUGGAAUUGGAACUCAAAACGCAAUAGAUACUCUUGCCAAAUUUUCUAAUCGAAAAAAUAUUCCAGGUCGAAGCCAAAUUGUACGCCGACGCUGAUCCUGAUAGAAUUGUCUGGGCUUGUCAUCUUUUCAACAAUGCUCAAUCAGUUGUCUCGCAAGCAAAAGCACUUCUCAAUGAUCAAACCGAAGCUGAUGCGAUUGAAGAUGCCUUCCCAGAAGCUGUCUCGUUCUUGAAUAGCAAAGAAUUCUCUGCGUAUGCGAUUGUUGUUGAUCAAUUGAAACCUUUGGAUUGUGUUAAGGUAUGCUUUGCAGAUUCUUUAGGCCAUUUUUGGUUCCUGGUCUUCCCUGAUAUUUUGAAACCGAUUUUUUCCAGGAUCGCGAACAAAUUUUCAACACCAUCAAAUUGUUCGACAUGCAUAAUGUUUUGACAUCAAAGGAUUCCGCCUAA